AUGGAUGGGAGAGACGCCAUGGCGAUGCCCGGCGUGGUGCCGUACUACAUUGCUCAUAGAGGAAUUCCUGGCUCAGUCGCCGCUUCGCAGCCUGGGUUGCACCUGGCGGCGCAAAGUCUGAGCAUCCAAUCCGCCGGCGUUGGUUCGGGGGCGUUUCGGGUGGACUCCCCGCCCGCGGCCUCAGCUCACGGUGGCAGUGAGCUCGGCGAAGGUGCCAACCUGGUGGAAUCAGUGAACAUGAAGAGAGGACGGCCGAGGAAGUAUGGACCGGAUGGGGCUGUAGCUUUGGCACUCUCACCUAGUUCGUUAUCUGCCCCCUCUGGCACCUUCAGGACCGGGUCUGGGUUAGCUCCCGGAGCUGGCAUUCCGACGCAAAAGCGAGGGAGAGGGCGACCGCUGGACACCGGGAGGAAGCAGCAACUAGCAUCACUUGGUGAAUGGGUUGCUGGUUCAGCUGGAUUGAGGUUUACUCCACAUGUCAUAAUGAUCGCAGUUGGAGAGGGCCGAUUUGAGAUACUCUGUCUAUCCGGUUCAUGCAUGAUGACCGACAAUGGUGGAUCACGGAGCAGAACCAGAGGAUUGAGCAUCUCUCUAUCGAAUACCGAUGGUCGAGUCAUUGGUGGGGGUGUCGCCGGAGUACUUAUAGCUACCACUCCUGUUCAGGUAAUCGUAGGAAGCUUCAUUUACACAGAACCUAAGGCGAAAAACAAAGCAAAGGCUGGCCGUGAAACAAAUCGCGACAUCGAGCAAACUGCAUCUUUGAAAUUGUGGUUGGUGUGGAGGAGCCCCACACCCGCGUGGGUUCCCGCUGCUAGAGCCCUCUCUAGAAGGAGAAGAAUGCGAGGGUUGCUAUCCUACCUGUUACAAGGUAUUGUAACAGCUAUUUAUUGUUAUUCAUAUAAAUUAUAUUUAUCGACGUCGGCAAUAUCAGGUGGCUCCCACUGGCCAUGUGUGUUUGUGACCUACAAACUCAUUCCCAUUCUCCGCGGAGGCCGACGAGAGAAGAAGCGAACCCUCGUCGAUCUUUCGCUCCAGAGCUCUCGAUCCCUCCUCGACGCCGGCGCGAUUCCAUCUACCCCACACGCGAUCGCCGUCUCCGUCGAGCUUCGAUCUUCGCCUCCUCGCUCGGCAAUCAUGGAGGAUGCUAAUGCAAGCUCACGGCCAGAGGAAACAGUGCAACCGAGUGAAGUUUCAGCUUCUGAGUUUAACAACCUUUCACGACGGUUGGAGGCCCUUGAACAAUCUGUGCGCUAUCUAGAGGAUAAUAUGAGGACCCGGCUUUCCGCGAUGGAGGAGAGGGUGGUGGAACUCAUGAGAAGGAUGGAUGGAUAUAAUGCCUUGCAUAGGAGCUGGUCACAACAUUUAUCAUGGGAUGUGCCAACUGUGUCUCCUAAUCAACCUGCAACCCUAACUUCACCACCCGCAGCUCCGAGGCGGAGGAAAAAGAAAGAAACCUUGAUUGCGAGGAGAGUGAUUCGUCGGUACCAGAGGCUUGUGAAGUCCAAUUGGGACAGUAAGACUUGCAUAAGGCGUCUCAUCAAGAAGAUACAUAAAAAACGACGGCAAAGGGGCUGAAAGGAUGCCUGAUACCAGUCAUCAUCAUCAGAUCGUAUUUUAUUCGUACCAACUAUUUGCAGCUGGCUACAUGAAUAUCGCCACUCUACGAUCUCUAUGUAAGGCUAUUUCACUUAGGAUGCCCAAAAUAUGCAUAUAAGUGCGAUACUAGUUUCGUUUUCCUUCUACAGGAUCCAGUUUGAUUCCACCUCUAAUUUUGAUGCACUCGUUCGUGAACAUAUUUAUUUUGUUUUGUCAGUGAGAAAAUUGUUAACAUCUUCA